GGCAGCAGACUCUACUUUAAGCGUACACACGUCAAAUAGAACCGCAGUGUACAACUGCUCCUUUUGUCAUCGUUGACAUUACUCUGUGCACUCAGUCUUCUAUCUGCUCACUGACACGAGAAUGGGACGGAAGGUGACUGUGGCAACUUGCUCGUUAAAUCAAUGGGCACUGGACUUUGAAGGCAACUUGGAGAGAAUCCUGAAGAGUAUUGAGAUUGCGAAGAAUCGUGGAGCCAAAUACAGACUGGGCCCAGAGCUGGAGAUAUGUGGGUAUGGCUGUGCAGACCACUUCUAUGAGUCAGACACGUUGCUCCACAGCUUUCAGGUCCUAAGGAAACUUCUGGAAUCUCCCAUCACCCAAGACAUCAUCUGUGACGUCGGAAUGCCCGUAAUGCAUCAUAAUGUUCGCUACAACUGCAGGGUUCUGUUCCUCAACAGAAAGAUACUGCUGAUCAGACCUAAAAUACUCAUGGCCAACUACGGGAACUACAGAGAGAUACGCUGGUUCUCACCUUGGAAUCAGUUAAGGAAAGUGGAGGAAUAUUUCCUGCCCAGAAUGAUCCAGGAGGUAACAGGGCAGGAUACAGUCCCAUUUGGUGAGUGUGUGCUCUCCACAAAGGACACCUGUAUUGGCACUGAAAUGUGUGCAGAGCUCUGGAGCCCCAGAAGCCCUCAUAUAGGGAUGGGUCUCGAUGGCGUUGAGAUCUUUACCAAUUCGUCUGCUAGCCACCAUGAGCUGCGCAAAGCUGAUCAAAGAGUCAACCUGGUCAAGUCAGCCACCACCAAGAGUGGAGGUAUCUACCUGUAUGCCAACCAGAGGGGCUGUGAUGGAGACCGUGUCUACUAUGAUGGCUGUGCUAUGGUGGCCAUCAACGGAGACAUUGUGGCACAGGGAGCCCAGUUCUCCCUUGACGAUGUGGAGGUGAUCAUAGCCACAGUUGACCUUGAAGAUGUGCGAAGCUACAGAGGAGAAAUAUGCCAGCCACACAUGGAAAGUGAACACAAACCCUACCACAGGGUCAAAGUUGACUUCUCCUUAUCUACUGAUAAUGAUCUCUACCUACCUACCCACCAACCAUUAAAAUGGCACUUUCAUACACCAGAAGAAGAGAUCAGUCUAGGGCCGGCCUGCUGGCUCUGGGACUACCUGAGGAGGAGUGGACAGGCUGGUUUCUUGUUGCCUCUGAGUGGAGGCGUCGAUAGCUCCUCCACUGCCUGUAUUGUCCACUCUAUGUGUGUGCUGCUGUGCCAGGCUGUAGAGGACGGCAACAUCCAGGUACUUGAAGAUAUUCGAAGGGUGGUUGGGGAUGAUUCCUACUGUCCCCAACAUGCAAAUGAGCUAUGUGGUCGCAUCCUCACCACAUGUUACAUGGCCAGCAAGAACUCCUCUGAGGACACCUGCAACAGGGCCAAAGACCUGGCCAAUCAGAUAGGAAGCACACACAUGAAUAUUAACAUCGACAUGGCAGUGAAAGGCAUUCUGGGAAUCUUCUCUGCAGUCACUGGAAGGUGGCCUCAGUUUCGUACCAAUGGAGGAAGCCACAGAGAAAACCUGGCUCUGCAGAACGUGCAGGCUCGUGUCAGAAUGGUCCUGGCCUACCUCUUUGCCCAGCUGAGUCUAUGGUCCAGGGGUAAGCCAGGUGGAUUGCUGGUUCUGGGCUCAGCCAAUGUAGAUGAGAGCCUGACAGGCUAUUUCACCAAGUAUGACUGCUCCAGUGCUGACAUCAACCCAAUAGGAGGCAUCAGCAAGACAGACCUGAAAGGCUUCCUGCUUCACUGUGUUGAGGAGUUCCAGCUCACUGCUCUGAGAGGAAUCCUUGCUGCUCCACCCACAGCUGAACUGGAGCCACUCACAGAUGGACAGGUGUCCCAGACAGAUGAGGCAGAUAUGGGGAUGACCUACUCAGAGUUAUCUGUGAUUGGGCGCCUGAGGAAGAUCUCCAAGUGCGGCCCUUUCAGCAUGUUCUGUAAACUCAUUCACACGUGGAAGGACUCUCUCUCACCUGUGGAGGUAGCCCAGAAAGUGAAGCACUUCUUCAGGAUGUACUCAGUGAACCGCCACAAGAUGACCACGGUGACACCAUCUUACCACGCAGAGAGCUACAGUCCGGAUGACAACCGCUUUGACCUCCGACCUUUCCUCUAUAACACACGCUGGCCCUGGCAGUUCAGGUGCAUCGACAACCAGGUGUCUCAGAUGGCCGAAAAUACCCCAAAGCAAUAACAGCCUGAGGUUCGGACUGACUAGCGAAGAUCCAUCCAGCAUUUUUCCUUGUGAUUGUCUACAGCUUUUCCUCAAGUCAUGAUUAAAAAUCUGUACAAUUGUGACAGUUGACUACAUGUUCACUGAAUAUAAUUAAUUUUAAAAGUGGUAAGGAAACAAUUGUGCAAUUAAAUAGACCUUAACUUUGAUUGGUCCUAGCUUAAAUCUAUUUUUUUCUAUCAAAUCUAUUUAAAACCCUAAGCUGAUUAUACCCGUGUAACUAAAUCCACUGUUAGGGUUUUCAGAGUUUUCUAAAUUGUAAUCACAAAGUAUAUUUCUAAUAAAUAUUGCACGAAUAUAUCUUCA